UUGGAUAUACUACAGUGUGUAUACACUUACGCGUUUCAGGCUAGGUGGAGUCGCGUAUUGUGUGUGUUCAUUUUUCAUUUCCAUAAAGCAUAUUCAUCUUUGGGCGAAUCACAAUAGAAUAUGACGAUGACCUCAUCAAAACUUUUCAGCCACUGAAUCAAGUUCGCAUACCUCCCAAUCACACAGGCAUACAGGGCGGAGAGGCGCAUAUAAUUUACAGAACACGUACAGAGGUAAAAAGUUGACACCCAAAUGUAACGAGCGCGGUGGUUCUGUACGUGUUUUGUAGCUUUCGGGAAACCAUUUCGAGGAGAAAUUAAGAGGGUAUUUCGUGGCGUCUUUUUGCAAGAAAAAUGGCGCUUACUCCGUAUCACUGCUACUGUUGCCUAUCCCAUCGUAAAGGUGGGAUGCUGGGCGCCAUCAUUACUCUGAUUAUUUCUGCUGCCAGUGCAGCUUACUAUGUCUGGGUUCUGCUCGAUAUGUACACACGAUCCAAUGAGUUCACAAACCAGAGCUAUUUCACAGCGGUCUUGGUUCUACAUUACUUCCUGAUUGCCAUAACUGGAAUUAUCUUCCCUCUUCUCACCCUGAUCCUCUUCGCGGGGGCCUACUGGUACUAUUCGAUUCCAGUUGCAUUCUUUUCGGUUAUGACAUCGUUUGGAUCUAUUCUGGAGCUCGGAGCCAUUGUUUUCUUCGCUGCAACAUUCAACAGCACCUACGUGACGUCGGGUGGACUUGAGGAUGAACCCCUCAUCCUGGCAGAGAUUAUCUGGUUUUGCUUCCGGUUCAUCUACAUGCUUCAUCUGAUCUUCGCAUCAUGGGCCCUAUACCAAGAGAACAGCUCAGGAAACCAACAAAAGAGCUCAACCUUCUAAAUCAGUCAAGAAGCUUUGACUAGACCUGGGAAUAGGAUGAAGUGCUCAUUGUUUGUUAAACGUAAAGCUUA